ACGCGGGGCUGAUGUUUACAGUGUCCACAGCCGUUCUUGGUGUUGGGCGCAACCCUAAGCCAUUUGGGUGGUUGUCUCACUGCAUCCUUACAACCUGGGAGGUGGGUCCCGAGUUUCCAUCGGGGAAAACUGGAGGUAGAAAGUUGCCUGGCCUGGCCAUUCGCCUGUCUUUUUUGGAAAAGUACCAGAAAGUUUUAAAGGACACCUUGGAAAAAAGGGGAGUCUUAGGGCAUUUAAAAGCGAGAAUUCGAGCCGAAGUUUUCAAUGCCCUAGAUGAUGUAAGUGAACCCCGACCAACGUUGUCUCAUGAAAAUCUUCUUAUUAAUGAAUUAAUUCGGGAGUAUUUGGAAUUCAACAAAUAUAAAUAUACAGCAUCUGUCCUCAUAGCAGAAUCUGGUCAACCUGUAGUUCCAUUGGACAGGCAAUUUCUCAUCCGGGAACUAAAUGCAUUUGAAGAAUCAAAGGAUAAUACAAUACCUCUUUUAUAUGGGAUUUUAUCUCACUUCUUGAAUGGAACUAAGGAUGGCAUCCAAAAUACAUUUCUGAAAGGAUCUUCACUUCAACCUCCAAACCCAAAUUCUGGUAGACAACCUAGUGGAAGAGAGCAGAUGGAUGACCACCUAAGAAAAGGGGAGAAAAAUAAUAUUGAAGAUCUUCAUAUUUCUCAAACCAUGAAGAGAUGACAUUUCCAUUUGGGGCAUCUUUUAUCUUAAAAUUAUCAUUUUGGCCUCUACUGGAAGAUUUAAUUAAAAUGUAGAGGGGGGUCUAAUUCUUUUAAUUUUGCUGUAAGUAAAACAAAGAGUUUAUUUUAUUCCUUGAAGAAUGUGGAAUCAGCAUGAAGAGACAGGCUUUAGGAGAAUACCAGAAAGUACCUUUUAAGAGAUGCCAUUGUUUAAUCUCCAUGUGGCCUUCAGUUGCACAAUUAUAAGAUGAGCCAUGACAGGACCAACCCCUAGUUAUUUGGGCUCUGAAAGUCUUAUCAAAUGUCUAUUUUUGUUCUUGGGAUAGAAAAAUAGUAAGAGCUGUCAUAAUGCUAUCUCUAAAAUGCUGCUUUAAUAUUUAUUAAGAUAUUUUUAUAAUGUGGAGUCUACAGACUGUUACAGUAGAGAGCACCUGGCUGGCAAAAGCCAUAGACAUACUCAGAACACAGCUGCCUGGGUGCUGUACACUGAAACAUUCAGCUUAAACAUUUUCCCUAGGGAAGUGAUUAGGGCUGCAAUGGGUAAAAUUGGCCUUUGGAGAUUAUUGAAUCUUUUGAUUUUAGUUUUGGUGCUAGUUAUUGUUUAGUCCUUACAGAUUAACCAAUAAUUUUUAUCUGGAUGCACAGAAUUAUUAAAGAAACCCCCUUAAACCAUAUUUUACAUGUCAAAGGAUUUUUAAGAAGCCCUAUUGGUGGACUAAAAUUACAUAAAUAGAUAUAAAAAUAUUAUAAGAGUUCACUUCCAUUUUUAAUAUGAAAUCUGUAGUAUCUGAUUAUAAUUGUGAGUUUUAUUGCACGUGGGAAUAUAAAUAUCUGAAUUUUUCUCAGAGGGCUUGGUUUACACACAAAGAUGUUGGCUGUGGGCGCUAAGUUCACCUCAGGAAUUGCAGUCCUGCAGCACUAGAUUAAGAAAAAAUGCUGGAGUUUAGCACUUUGGAUACUGAUGUGAAAUUAUCAAAAUAGAAGCUGAACAGAAUUGUCACAUGUAGUCCAUUGUGGUUUCAUAUGCAUUAUUCUGUAAUUGUUUGUACCUGGGCAACUUUUAUA